GGAAUUUCCCUUGAGGUGAGAAGUGUUUGAGGCUGAAUGUACAACAUACACCAUGUGAACUGCCAUAGGACCGGACAACUGUAAUUAAACCCUGAAUCUGACUACAAGCUGACAGCAAGAGACACAAUCACUCCCUGAGAGUUCCAGUGACCUUUGACCCAAGUAUGGCUACCACCCAGGGGACCACCGUGCCCCCCUCCCAAUCCCCAGGUUUAGGUGCACCCACCCUGGUCACUGUAGACAUUGUGGUGCUCGUUGUCUACUUCCUCCUUGUACUGGCUGUGGGCCUCUGGUCCAUGUGGAAAACCAAGCGGAGCACGGUGGAUGGAUACUUCCUGGCAGGAAAGAGCAUGUCCUGGUGGCCGGUGGGCACCUCUCUGUUUGCCAGUAAUGUGGGUAGCGGCCACUUCAUGGGCCUGGCAGGCUCAGGAGCGGCAGCGGGCAUCAGUGCUGUGGCAUAUGAGUGGAACGGGAUGCUGAUGGUGCUGCUCUUGGGUUGGCUUUUCCUGCCCAUCUAUAUUGCUUCCGGGGUGACAACCAUGCCUGAAUACUUGCAGAAGCGAUUCGGGGGGAAGAGAAUACAAUUAUUCAUAGCUAUUUUGUAUUUAUUCAUUUACAUCUUCACAAAGAUAUCGGUGGAUAUGUAUGCUGGGGCAGUGUUUAUUCAACAGGCCCUGCAGUGGAACAUCUAUGUAGCUGUGGUGGUGCUUCUGCUCAUCACUGCUCUCUACACUGUAGCAGGUGGUCUGGCUGCAGUCAUGUACACAGACGCUGUCCAGACUGGCAUCAUGUUGAUAGGAGCACUCACCCUCAUGGGCUUCAGUUUCGCUGAGGUGGGGGGCUGGAACGCCCUCCUAGAGGGGUAUGCUACGGCCAUCCCCUCAAUCCGCGACCCCAACACCACAUGUGGCAUCCCCCGGGAUGACGCCUUCCACCUGUUCCGUGACCCUGUGACCUCUGACCUGCCCUGGCCGGGCAUCCUCCUGGGCAUGUCCAUACCCUCCAUGUGGUACUGGUGCUCAGACCAGGUGAUAGUGCAGCGCUCCCUGGCUGCCAAGAACCUGCUCCAUGCUAAAGGAGGCUCCCUGCUGGCUGCCUACCUCAAGAUCCUGCCCUUCUUCAUGAUGGUCCUGCCCGGCAUGAUCAGCAGAAUACUCUACCCAGACGAGGUGGCGUGUAGUGACCCUGAGGUGUGUACUGAGGUGUGUGGGAACCCAGUGGGCUGUUCAGACAUCGCCUACGCCAAACUGGUCAUGAAGCUACUGCCCUCAGGUCUGCGUGGUCUGAUGAUGGCGGUGAUGAUUGCUGCUCUCAUGUCCUCCCUCACCUCCAUCUUCAACAGCUCCAGCACCAUCUUCACCAUGGACCUGUGGAGGCAUGUCCGGCCCCGCGCAACCGAGUGGGAACUCAUGCUCGUGGGAAGGAUGUUUGUGCUGGUUCUGGUGGUGGUGUCAGUGCUCUGGAUCCCUGUGGUCCAGGCCAGUCAGGGAGGACAGCUGUUUAUCUACAUCCAGUCCAUCAGUACCUACCUCCAGCCUCCUGUUUCCAUCGUCUUCCUGACUGGAUGCUUCUGGAAGAGGACCAAUGAGAAGGGUGCUUUCUGGGGCCUGUUCCUGGGCCUACUGGUGGGCGGUGUGAGGAUGGCCCUAGACUUUAUCUAUCCCUCACCACUGUGUUACCAGGAAGACAGCAGGCCUGAUGUGGUGAAACAUGUCCACUACCUCUACUUCUCCACCAUGCUGUCUAUGUUCACCCUGGUGGUGGUGGUGGGGGUCAGCCUGGCCACGGAGAAACCCAGCCCAGAGCAGAUCAGUCGCCUCACCUGGUUCACCAGAUUUGAUAAGGUGGAGAAGAGCAGUGGAGCUUUAGAGACAGUAGAGACUGUGACUAGUGCUACAGAGACCGAGAUAGAAGAUAGGGAGCAGGAGGCUAACGGAGAGACACACCUUCAGAGGAAAGUCUCCUCAGAAGCCAGUGUGAGGAGCCAGUCCAGGCUGAAGGCCGCCCUCUACUGGCUGUGUGGGAUGGAGCGGCAGAAGCAGGGUGACAGCGCCCCACAACCCCCUCUUCUUCUCGACCCCGCUAGCUCUCUGGAAGAGGACCCAUGCCUUAGCCACAUGGUCGACGCCAACCUCAUCAUCUGCCUCUCCAUCGCCGUCUUUAUCAUUGGCUACUGGGCCUAGUGAGGAAUUGUCAACAGCCAAUGAUAUUGGCAGGGACAGGUGGUGCUUGGCCAUUGCUGCAGCAUCAUAGGAGUGCUGCUGAAGUGUCACAGCAGGCUGUUAUUUAUUAUUGUAUAAUAGCAAUGUAUAGUUGUUUUAACCCCUCCACCACCCCCCCCUCUUCAGAGGACAAAUAUCUUCAGCUUUUUUUACAGCUUUUUUUGCUACAUGAACAUACAUUUGACAUACAUGAUACUUUUAUAUAAAGCAGUCACACAACAAUAAUACAUUACCAAACGCUUUAAUCCCAACCCUCAGCCAAUCCCACCUAUCACCAUAGACCACCCUCGUUUGGUUUCCAUGUGCCAUAUAUUUUUCAAUUGUGCUGUGAUUUUUUCCCAAUAUUUUUGAAUCUUUCUAAUCGUAUAUUAUGCACAGAUUGUGAGCUAAAGAUGAAAACCUUUCCUAUGAGUAUUAUUAAUUGACUGACUAAGGUUUUCCAAAUAGCCCAACACUGCUAUUUGUAAGGUUAAUUUUAAGUGCAUGUUGUGAUUUUUUAACCAUUUCUCAACCUGUGACCAGAAACAAGCUACAUAGGGACAA